CGCAGCUCCUCUGCAGGUUACACGAGUUUAUUUUCAGGCUUGCAGAGGCGCAUUGAAGGCGUAAAAACUAACCGUAGCUAAGCUUUGUAAUGAAGUAGCGACACACAUCUGAGACAUUUGCUCCUGAAAUGUGACUGGAAUCGUCUUUCGAACGUAGAGGAAGUUGUGAGUGACGUGUGAAAUGUCGCUGCUUGUUUUGUCGGUAUUUGCAGGCGGCGACAGACUGACCCAGCCAGGCUAGUAAGCUAGCUGCUAGCUAUUUGAAAACCGAGCGGCUCGGUUAAUACCGUUAGCUGACCGUUUGUUUUGUACUGCGUGUUUUUUAAUCAAACCGGUAUUUAUAUUCAGCUUAGAAAACAUUAAUGUGUAGAAAAAAAUCUAUCCGCUGUCGCACCAGAGUUUCGUUGUGGAAAUAGGGGAGGCGCAACUUCUUGGCUAGUUUAUUGGUCAUAUAUUUGUUUUUUAACUGGUCACGUAAGCAGUCGUUUAUAUUAACCAGACUCUCAAACUGGUGCUAUGCUAUCAAGAAAGCUAGGAGCUUAGUUUUCAGUGCGGCGCUGAGUUUUGAAUUGACAUGGCAGCUAGCGGAUCAUACUCUGACCUGAGGGAGAAGCUGAAGUCCAUGACUCCACACAGAGACGACUACAAAAAUAAAUACGCGCACGGGACGAGCAACGGCAGCCGGAAAGACCGCAAGCGAAAGUACAGGGAGUCCGAUGACGAGGAGUACGAGCAUAGCGACGACAGCGCCGAGCAACGGGAGCAGGAGGCCCGGCGGGUGAGCAGCAGCAUCCAGCAGAGGAGCAUCUUCAGCUCAGAGGAGUGCGCCCGCAUCGAGGAGAAGAUUGACGAGGUGGUCGCAAACGGGGAGGCUGGACUUUACCGCGAGCACACGGUGGACAGGGCGCCGCUCCGCAACAAGUACUUCUUCGGGGAGGGGUACACGUACGGGGCUCAGCUGGAGAAGCGUGGGCCGGGCCAGGAACGGCUGUACCGCAAAGGAGAGGUGGACGACAUCCCAAGCUGGGUGCACGAGUUGGUGAUUAAGCCGCUGGUGUCCAACGGGGUGAUUCCUGAGGGAUUUGUAAACAGCGCUGUGAUCAAUGAUUACCAGCCGGGGGGCUGCAUUGUGUCCCAUGUAGAUCCUCUGCACAUCUUUGCUCGGCCCAUCGUCUCCGUGUCCUUCUUCAGUGACAGCGCACUCUGCUUCGGCUGUCGCUUCCAGUUCAAACCAAUCCGGGUGUCUGAACCAGUAUUUGUCCUUCCUGUGAGGAGAGGAAGUGUCACCGUCCUCAGUGGCUAUGCGGCCGAUGAGAUUACACACUGCAUUCGCCCCCAGGAUAUCAAACAGAGACGUGCAGUAAUCAUCCUCAGAAAGACCAGACCGGACGCCCCUCGGGUAGACUCCGACAGCCCUUUAAACUCCCCGCUGAAGGGAAGACCGACUCCACUAAAGGCCAAACGCGCUCAUCGCAAAGCGGAUCCUGAUGCUGCACACAGGCCAAGAGUCCUGGAGAUGGACAAGGAGGAGAACAGACGUCCGUCCAUUUCUCGCCAGCAUCGCCACAGCCUCAGUUCAGAGAACUACUGGAGGCGCGACCAGGACCACGAGGAACACAGAGAGAGCUCAGGCCGUAAAGUCAAAAUGAGCCGCCAUUGAACACUUCUGUCAUAAACACUCAAUACCUAUUUUUCUGGUGUGACAAUAAUGUAACUCUCUUUGGUUAGUAACGGUUUUGUUUGGGACAAGAGCACAGCAUUUUCUUUUAUCUCAUUGUGGACGAGGAGACAUUGAAGGAAACAUUUAAGUAUUCAUUUGUUGGCAGAAAUAAACUGACAUUUUUUUCCCGUAUAAAACCAGAACUAGUUACUCACCCCAGUAAGUCCUCUUUGCUUACCUACAAUACAACUUUGCUUUAUUCCUGUGCUCAUAGAUAAUUUAAUGACUUUUUUCUACUUCAAACUGUAUAGACCUUGAGGAAGCUAAAAGGAAAAUGUAUGUAUGGACAUGUACAAAGGCAAACUUGAGUUGUAUCUAACAUGAUCUAUUGUACAAAAUACUGUAUAGUCUUUAAUCCGGGGCCGUCAUGGAGAAAGAUUGUUUUCUUUUUGCUCUACACCUUUGUUUCAUAUCCUCCCUUUGCUUAGCAGUGUUAGAUCUUCCCUCUUCGUUCAGGCUUUUUGUCUCGGUUUGAGGAGCAGCUGCCGCACAGACACACGGUUUGCUGUGUGUUGAUUCGACCGGUUUUGGUGGAGCCUAAAAUGUCAUCGGAUGCUUCACAGAGUGAUGAGAAACUCAGGUCUUGUUCAACACUCUUGCUUUGAGUCUAAAGUUGCUUUAUCUUACAUGAUAGCAAAAGCUGUGUCAAUGCUGUUCUCUAUUAAAACCAUUUUUUUCUUCA